UAUUACAUAUAUCCAAUCUAAUGUCAGUGAUUUUAGAAACUACUCUUGGAGAUAUAACAUUGGAUCUCUAUAUUACAAAAAGAAAGCUGACUUGUUUUAAUUUUUUGAAAUUAUGUAAAAUUAAAUAUUAUAAUUAUUGCAUAUUUCACACAAUCCAAAAAAAUUAUUUAGCUCAAACUGGAGAUCCUACAAAUAAUAAAACUGGGGGCGAUUCUAUAUUUAACAAACUACUACAAAAGGAUUCCUAUAAAUAUGUGAAAUUAGAUUGCAAGCCUCCAAUCAAGCAUAUUAAGGGUCAUGUUUCCAUGGUAAAUAAUGGGAAAAAUGAAUUUGGAUCUCAAUUUUUUAUUACUAUUGGUGAUAGUUUAUCUUAUUUAGAUAAUAAGCAUCUUGUUUUUGGGUGUGUUACUGAAGGAUUGGAUGUUUUAUCAAAAUUAAAUGAUACUUUAUGUGAUGAUAGGGAUCAACCAUAUCAGGAUGUUUGGUUAAACCAUACAAUUAUUUUGAGUGACCCCUUUGAAGAUCCUCCUACACUAAGACAAUUUAUGCCUGAUUCCUCACCAUUACCCUCUUAUAAACAUCUAUUUUCUGAAAGAAUAUCAAUUAAUGAUGAAAUAAAGGAAGAAAAUGAAAAGGAUGUUAAUGAAAAACUAGAAAAGGAAAAAGAUAAAGCAGCUAAAACAAGAGCGAAAAUUUUGGAAAUAGUAGGUGAUUUACCCAAAGCCAGUAUUAAACCAAAAGAAAAUAUUCUGUUUGUAUGCAAAUUGAAUCCUAUUACAGUGUCCAAAGAUCUUAAAAUCAUAUUUGCUAGAUUUGGUAACAUCAAAAGUUGUGAGAUAGUCUACGAUAAAUUAACCGGGAAUUCUCUUGGCUAUGGAUUUGUUGAAUAUGAAAAAGUUGAAAAUUGUGAGCAAGCUUAUCUAACUAUGGAAAAUGUUUUAAUUGAUGAUAGAAGAAUUCAUGUUGAUUUUUGUCAAUCAGUUCACCAACACCAAAAAAAACUUCUAAAAAAACACACGUCUCAAACAUAAUAAUAUAUUUAAUUUAUAGUUUAUGUUAUUUUUAAAUUAUAUUGAAAGCAAUAUAAAACUUGUAAUUAUUUACUACAA